AUGGCUGCCGUGCUUUUCACUCCUCUAUCGACCAUUCAAAAGGCAGUCGAGCAGCUCACCAGGCAACACACGGGUCUCUGCGAGGUCACCAAUCUCAACGCUCCAUCACAAACUGUAGUCAGCGGGGAACGUGCUCAGCUGCUGCGUUUACAGCCGGUUUUAAAGCAAUUAGAGGGAGGAAAGAGAGCACGUGUCGUUUUGAUGAAUGUGAAAUACCCAUUUCACAGCAGUCUUUUAAAGAGCGCUUCCGAUGAAUUGGAAAGCUAUGUGCGAACAUUCGAUGUGAAGGAUCCGCUUUUCCCUGUUCUUUCGAAUUUGGACGGGUCGCUAAUGGAUUCGAAGGAUGCCAUUUUGGAAAGGGUGGGAAAGCAGCUCUCAUCGCCGGUGCUCUGGAAUGAAUGUGUAACGCAGGCCUUAAAUUUCGGAAUCAACGAAUUCGUUGAAAUCGGACCGAAGCCAGUUCUGAGUGCAUUGCUCAAAAGUUCUUCCAAGUCCAUUUCCGUCAAGUUUUUAUUGUUCUUCUCACUGUAA